CCACCCACGACCACUUCUCUACCAAGCUGCCCAUCUAGCUUCCCGGUCUUCUUCUUCUUCGACUUCUUUCAUUCUUGAGCUACUGCGAAUUUAAGAAAGACAUGGACGAGCAGUGGAUGAUGGGGCAGACUUCCCUCAGCCUCGGCCUCAACGUCGGCCGGCCGACGGCGCGGCGGGGUGCCCCUCCGGUGACCAAGAUCCUCGUGGAGGAGGACUUCAUGUCCUCCAAGAAGAAUCACGAGGUCGAGGCGCUGGAGGCCGAGCUCCGGCGCGUGGGCGAGGAGAACAGGAGGCUCAGCGACAUGCUCCGCGCGCUGGUGGCCAAGUACUCCGACCUUCAGGGCAGGGUCAGCGGCAUGAUGGCGGCGGCGGCCGCGGCCAACAACCGCCAGUCACCCACGACGUCUGAGGGCGGCUCCGCGGCCUCGCCGUCCAGGAAGCGCGCUCGCAGCGACAGUCCCGACACCGCAGUCCAGGAAGCGUGCCCUGCCAGCGGCGGCUUCGCCGUCAGCGUCAACGUCGGCCCCGACCAGGCGGAGUGCACGUCCGUCCACGAGCCGGGCAACAGCAAGCGCGUCCGCGCCGACGAGUGCAAGGCCAGCCGGGUCUCCAAGCUCUACGUCCACGCCGACCCCGCCGACCUCAGCCUCGUGGUGAAGGAUGGGUACCAAUGGCGAAAGUACGGCCAGAAGGUGACCAAGGACAACCCAUGCCCGAGGGCCUACUUCCGGUGCUCGUUCGCGCCGUCGUGCCAGGUGAAGAAGAAGGUGCAGCGCAGCGCCGAGGACAAGACCGUCCUGGUGGCCACGUACGAGGGCGAGCACAACCACGCACAGCCGCCGAAGAUGCAAGGCUCUGGCGGCCGGAAGUCCGCCGACGCAGCCGCCGUCCGUGCAUCGCCAGCGCCGCCGCUCGCCCAGCAACAGCCGAGGCAGCAAUCGAGGACGGAGGCGGGAUCGGCCGCGGACAGGAAGAACCUGGCGGAGCAGAUGGCAGCGACGCUGACGAGGGACCCCGGGUUCAAGGCGGCGCUCGUCUCCGCACUCUCCGGCCGUAUCCUCGAGCUCUCGCCGUCCGAUAGUUGAUCAAGCGAGCGGCGUCGUUUUCGUUUUGGUCUCCCUUUAAUUAGCAUUUUGUAGCUGAAGAUUUUAGAUCAUGUACGCGGUGAUGGUCAUUAAUUUUGAAUUGCUCGCAUAUGCAGAGAUUAAUUGUAUAUACGUACUUCAUUAGCUCUACGGCAAAACAUACUGAAUUUGUACAACACUCUGGAGUGGAUGCAGCAAAGAUAUAUUCCUUUGUCCCAAAACAA